ACGACUUGCAGCGAGCGUCAGAGGUCCGCCCAGGCAAGCCGCACAGCGCCUCCUCCAGCACUGCCUCCCAGCCCGCACCCGGCACCGCCUCCGCCCGCCCGCGUCCUGCCAGCCGCCCAGAUGCUCGCCCGCGCCCUGCUGCUCUGCGUCGCCCUGGCGCUCGGCCACGCAGCAAAUCCUUGCUGUUCCAACCCGUGUCAAAACCGAGGUGUAUGUAUGAGUGUGGGAUUUGACCAGUAUCAGUGUGACUGCACGCGCACAGGAUUCUAUGGUGAAAACUGUUCAACACCUGAAUUUCUGACAAGGAUAAAAUUAUUCCUGAAACCUACUCCAAACACAGUACACUACAUACUUACCCACUUCAAGGGAGUCUGGAACAUUGUCAAUAGCUUUCCCUUCCUGCGAAAUGCAGUUAUGAAAUACGUGUUAGUAUCCAGAUCACAUUUGAUUGAGAGCCCGCCAACUUACAAUGCACAGUAUGGCUAUAAGAGCUGGGAAUCCUUUUCCAACCUCUCGUAUUACACCAGAGCUCUUCCUCCUGUGGCUGACGGCUGCCCAACCCCCAUGGGUGUGAAAGGGAAGAAAGAGCUUCCUGAUUCAAAAGAGAUUGUGGAAAAAUUUCUCCUAAGAAGAAAGUUCAUCCCUGACCCCCAGGGCACAAAUAUGAUGUUUGCAUUUUUUGCCCAGCACUUCACCCAUCAGUUUUUCAAGACAGAUCCUAAGCGAGGUCCAGCUUUCACCAAAGGCCUGGGUCACGGGGUGGAUUUAAGUCAUAUUUAUGGUGAAACUUUGGAUAGACAGCAUAAACUGCGCCUUUUCAAGGACGGAAAAAUGAAAUAUCAGAUCAUUAAUGGCGAGGUGUAUCCGCCCACAGUCAAAGACACUCAGGUGGAAAUGAUCUACCCGCCUCAUAUUCCUGAGCACCUGCGGUUUGCUGUGGGGCAGGAGGUCUUUGGUCUGGUGCCUGGCCUGAUGAUGUAUGCCACGAUUUGGCUGCGGGAACACAACAGAGUGUGUGAUGUCCUCAAACAGGAGCAUCCAGAAUGGGAUGAUGAACGCUUGUUCCAGACGAGCAGGCUCAUACUGAUAGGAGAAACUAUCAAGAUCGUGAUUGAAGACUACGUACAGCACCUGAGCGGCUAUCACUUCAAACUGAAGUUUGACCCAGAGCUGCUUUUCAACCAACAGUUCCAAUACCAAAACCGCAUUGCCGCUGAGUUCAACACGCUCUAUCACUGGCAUCCCCUUCUGCCUGACACCUUUCAAAUCGAUGACCAGGAGUACAACUUUCAACAGUUUCUCUACAACAACUCUAUCUUACUGGAACAUGGACUCACCCAGUUUGUUGAAUCUUUCAGCAGGCAAAUUGCUGGCAGGGUGGCUGGUGGUAGGAAUGUUCCAGCUGCAGCACAGAAAAUAGCAAAGGCCUCAAUCGACCAGAGCAGAGAGAUGAAGUACCAGUCUCUGAAUGAGUACCGCAAACGCUUUCGGCUGACGCCCUAUAAAUCAUUUGAAGAACUUACAGGAGAGAAGGAAAUGGCUGCGGAGUUAGAAGCACUCUAUGGUGACAUUGAUGCCAUGGAGCUGUAUCCUGCCCUUCUGGUGGAAAAGCCUCGCCCAGAUGCCAUCUUCGGGGAGACCAUGGUAGAACUUGGGGCACCAUUCUCCUUGAAAGGACUUUUGGGUAAUCCUAUCUGUUCUCCUGACUACUGGAAACCCAGCACUUUUGGUGGAGAAGUAGGUUUUAAAAUCAUCAACACUGCCUCAAUUCAGUCUCUCAUCUGCAAUAACGUGAAGGGCUGUCCUUUUACUGCCUUCAGUGUUCAGGACCCGCAGCUCAGCAAAGCAGUCACCAUUAAUGCCAGCGCUUCCCACUCUGGACUAGAUGACGUGAAUCCCACAGUACUGCUCAAAGAACGUUCAACUGAACUGUAGAAAUCUAUGGAUCAUAUUUAUUUAUUUAUAUGAACUAUUUCUUUUAACUUAAUUAUUUAAUAUUUAUAUUGAACUCCUCAGGUUACUUAACAUCUUCUGUUAAGGAGAAAGGAGGCAUGCUUGUGAAGAUUUUUGUGUCACUAUUUUAAAGGUGUCUUUUCUGCAAGGGGGAAACAGUUUUCAUUCCUUUUUAUAAACCAGUGGGAAGUGAGUUUGAAAUGUUUUUACUUGAAUUUCAAUUUACGUUAUGUAUAAUAAGAACAAAAGCAAAGAUGUUGGAACAUUUAAAUACUGUUACAAGAUAGCAAAAUGCUGCAAGUUUCUUUUGACACUAUUGAUACUUUCAAGUGUAUCUUCAUGAUGCAUUAGAAGCAACUACCUGCGCACUGUUCCUUUCAUUUCUCUUAGCCAUUUUGCUAAGAGAAACUCUCUUCUGAUCAGUUUACUUCUUUUAUUUUGUUUUCUUGCUUUUAAGAUCUGAAUUUGUCUUUCUUUGGACUCUCUGUCUAUAUUUUCUUAUCUGAACUUUUGCAAGUUUUCAGGAAAACCUCAGCUCAGGACUACUAUUUGACUCCUCUUAAGAGGAAUAAAAGAAAAAUUUUUAAAAACCCAUAAAAAUGACUUUACAGGGGCCAGCCCAGUGGGGUAGUGGUUAAGUUCACAGGCUACACUUCAGUGGCAUGGGGUUUGUAGGUUCAGAUCCCAGGCUCAGACCUACACACCACUCAUCAAGCCAUGCUGUGGUGACAUCCCACAUACAAAAUACAGGAUGAUGGGCACAGAUAUUAGCUCAGUGACAAUCUUCUUCAAGCAAAAAGAGGAAAAUUGGCAACUGAUGCUGGCACAGGGCCAGUCUUCCUCACCAAAAAAAAGGCCUUUACAAAAUGGUAUGCAUUCAUUUUUCAUGAAAAGCAGAGAGCUUUAUUUAUAAUUAAUUUGAACUAUGUGUAACAGAAGAAGCCCACAAAGAGGCUAAUGCCUUUGAAAGAACCAUGGGGGGUUCUUGACAGGAAGAAACUUAUCUUCCUGUUCUAAUGAAUUUAAAAACAAAACCAAACAACUCCUGAAUAGUCCCCAGGAAGAUGAUGCUUCUUCUUUUCCACAUCUCAUUGUCAGCUGACAUUUUCUGGUACUGUGUAUUACUUAAUUUAUUGAAUAUUAUUAUUUAUGUUUCAUUAGGACAUUAUUGUUAUAAACUGGUUUUAAGCCUGCAAUCAUUGAUUUUUUUUGUUAUAUCAGAAUCAAUAUAUCUUUGGAAUUACCUCUUUGAAUUAUUAUGUAAACUACAAAAGACAUUAUUAGAUUAAGAUUUGUAGGGGCCAGCCCAGCGUCCCACAUACAAAAUAGAGGAAGAUUGGCACAGAUGUUACCUCAGCAACAAGCUUCCUCAAGCAAAAAGAGGAAGAUUGACAGUAGAGUUAACUCAGGGCCAAUCGUCCUCACAAAAAAAAAAAAAAAAAAAAA